CAUGUCGUGAUGGAUACUGGGGUCCGUUUUGCAAAGAGAGUUGUGGCAGGAAUUGUAAAGAAGCUUCCUGUGAGAAACAGUCCGGGAAUUGUCAAUCCUGUGCUGAUGGAUAUUGGGGUGUGCAUUGCACACACAGCUGUAACAAGAAUUGUGGAGAAACAACCUGUGACAAAGAAACUGGAAGUUGUACCUCCUGUGAUGAUCGAUAUUGGGGUUCGAAUUGCACGAAGAGGUGUAACAAUAAAUGUGGAGGAAAGACGUGUGACAAACAAACAGGAAGUUGUCGUUCCUGUGCUGAACGAUAUUGGGGUUUGCAUUGCACACACAGCUGUAACAAGAAUUGUGGAGAAACAACCUGUGACAAAGAAACUGGAAGUUGUACCUCAUGUGUUGCUGGAUAUUGGGGUCCGUCUUGCACUAAUUUGUGUAGCACGACAUGUAAAGGAGUUUCAUGUAACAAACAGGAUGGAAGGUGUUGGUCCUGUGCUGAUGGACAUUGGGGUUCGCGCUGCACGAAUAAUUGUCCCAAUAAUUGUGGAGGACCUACCUGUGAUAAAGAAACCGGAAGUUGUCCGUGUCGUGCUGGAUAUUGGGGUCCGUCUUGCACUAUGUCGUGUAGCACAACAUGUAAAGACGUUUCAUGUAACAAACAGGAUGGAAGAUGUCAGUCCUGUGCUGAUGGACAUUGGGGUUCGCACUGCACGAAUAAUUGUCCCGAUAAUUGUGGAGGAGCUACCUGUGAUAAAGAAACGGGAAGUUGUCCAUGUGUUGCUGGAUAUUGGGGUCCGUCUUGCACUAAGCCGUGUAGCAUGACAUGUAGAGAAUCUUCAUGCAACAAACAGGAUGGAAGAUGUCAGUCCUGUGUUGAUGGACAUUGGGGUUCGCACUGCAACAAUAAUUGUCCCCAUAAUUGUGGAGGUGCUACCUGUGAUAAAGGAACCGGAAGUUGUCCUUGCGCUGAUGGUUACUGGGGUCAGAAUUGCGAAUUGAGAUGUGGCCAUUGUGGUGAAGGUUCUUGUGAUAAACAAAAUGGACGUUGUCAGUGUCAGACUGGAUGGGCUCCACCGACAUGUACAUUGUGUGACCAAGGCUAUUAUGGAACCAACUGCAGAGAGACAUGUGGUAACUGUGUAAAUGGCAGCACAACAUGUCAUAACGCGACUGGGAGUUGUCCUGGUGGAUGCAGUGCUGGAUGGAGAGACGACACGUGUAAAAUAGCAUGCGAAGAUGGUUAUUAUGGUGAUAAAUGCAACAACAGUUGUGGUCACUGUUUAAAUGGCAACACAGCAUGCAACAAAGUGACAGGAUAUUGUCUUGAUGGGUGCGGUGCUGGAUGGAAAGGAGAUACAUGCAAGAUAGAAUGCAGCAACGGAACACAUGGAAGAAACUGCGAGCAAACAUGUGGUAAUUGCAAGGAGUCAAACUGUGAUCGUUUUAAUGGCACAUGUUUUGAUGGGUGCAUUGUCGGGUAUGCCAACCCCGAUACUGGAUGUGUAGAGAAAUUUGUUGCAGAUGAUAACACAGUAGGAGUCGCUGCCGGUGGGGCAGUAUCUGCUAUAGCUGUGAUUGUUGUGGUGAUCAUCGCAGUGGUAUUUUGGAAGAGGUAUGCAAACGGCGAUGAAAUGUCGUAAUUAUUUCAAUUUCUUUUGUUUUAGCUAAUUACGGUACAGUGCCUCCUAGUCCAAGAGCUGCAGGGGUGUUUAUUUAACCGAACAUGUCCAAAACGUCUGAGGGCAUUUAUAACUGCUGUGAUAAAUGUAGUUUAUGAAAUGGGGAUUCUUAGUUGUCAAAACUAUUCCAAUUUCUUUUCAAAUGUUAAAAUCUGCACCAUGGGGGAAUUGAGGGUAGGGAUAACUAAAAUGUCUGUUGUUCAGACAAUAUACAAGAUAUAAUAACAAAUGACCCUCUAUAUUAACCCUACCGGUCUGUA